CACUGUUUUGUGCUGUUUUUGGGUUUCUUGUUUUUGCUCACGUUACUUCGCUGCUACAUUGUGUUUUCUAUUUUUGAGGAGAUGAGUGAAGCCACUGGUAAAACGGCUUCGUGUUUGGCCAUUACAGAGAAAAGGCCUCAUAGACCCGGUGGUUGUGUCGGCAUUUUCUUUCAGCUCUUUGAUUGGAAUCGUCGAUUAGCCAAGAAAAAGCUUUUCUCUAGAAAAUUGCUUCCUCCAGCUCGUGCAAAGCAGACAACUAAGGAGUUUGGAGGAGAUGAGAAGAUGCCUAAAACUAAACCUCAUUUGAUUGCUAAUGAGAACAGCGGGGGAUUUCCAAGUGUAAAGAAAAGUGGAAACUGUAAAGAAAUUGUAGAGCAUAAGCAUGAGAUGAAAACUGCAAGUUUGGUUGCUAGGCUUAUGGGGCUUGAAUCCAUGCCGGCAGUUAGCCGAGAUAAGCACAAAAAGGUGUCAAAAUCUGUUGCAUGUGAUGUUAAAGAUGAGAAAUUUGUUAACCCUCAAUACGGGACUGAUGGAAAAGGUUUUAACAUGGAUAAUGUAAGUAGUAAGGUUGAAUCUAGGCCUCAGAAGCUUCAAAAAACGGGACAGUUUGAUAGGCGGGCAGUUACUAGGUUCGGAGCUGAGGCUUUGCAGAUUAGAAAUGUGUUAUUAAGGUCUAGAAAGCAUCACCAUCCCAAGCUUGUUUCGCCUGUGAAGAGUCCUAGGAUUUCCUCUUCGAGGAAUCCUAGGGCGGGAUCGAGGUUAAUCGAUGCUGCCACUCGGAUUUUGGAACCACGGCUUCAAGCUGCCAGUAGAGCAAAAUGUGCUCUUACUUAUGCAACUUCUAAGCAUUAUGCUCCUACGAAUGAGGUUUCGAUUGGUGCACUAGGUCUCGGGGUCAUGUCACCGGAUCUAGUGCAUCAAAAACAAACUGAAAUGAGUUUUGAUAUGGCUAUGGGCAACACUUCUUGCAAAAAUUGUGGUAAUUUGCUUGAUGUUGUGGAUUCUGCACCGAUUAUGGUGGAUAAGCCAUUUGUUUGUCCUUCUUCAGCUAGAAAUUUAGCCAAUUCAUCCUCUUCCGACGAAUUGGAGAGGAUUAAGCCAAGGUCACUAGUAUUCUCGUCCAAUCAAGAGAGGGGUGAAAUUUAUCAGCGAAAUGAGGUUAAAUUGUCUAGUGUUGCAGAAAAACUAGAUCACCCACGACCAUCUGGUGAACCAAUUUUGGAUAGAAAGUCCGUGUUUUGUAUGGACCAAAUGCCCCAACAAUUUCGAAGUCAGCAUCACAAGUCUCCAAAGGAUGAACAUUCAUCUAUUGUUUUUCGGCAGAGGACUGAAACUCAAAAUGAGAUGUCAGUAGGCAGGAAUAGAACUCCGCCAAGAGCCAAAUCAAAUAAUCUGCAAAGUAGGAGAGCUUCUUCAGCUGCCAAUGCUGUUGGUGCUAAAGAUUUUGUUGCUAUGAACAGAAGUUUAAAUGGCCGCAUUAGGCCUCGAGCAUCUGCCAAGUCCGACGAUUACAUGGCUGACACAGAAAGAAAAGUUUGCAGCAGGCCCGAUGAUUCCUUGCCGCAGUUAAGGUCUCCGGCACGCAAGAGGACUGUAAGUGGCAAUGCAAAUCUUGAAAGAACUGGACCUGCUAGCUCAACAUCUAUGAGACAGAAAAACAUAAAGUGUGAUUUGAUGAGCGGAAAGGAUAGUUCCCGCACUGCAAACCGCCCUAGCAACAAAACCAGAUCAUCUGGUCAGGGGGGAUGUGAUAGAGCUAAUGGCAAUAAAAACAAUAAUGUUGUAUCUUUUACAUUUAAUUCCCCUUUGAAACAUAAUGAUACUCAUGGAAGAAAGCCAAUAUCAGAAGAAAAUGAUGUCAAGACAUCUCUUCAGAGAAAAUUGGCAUUGGGUGGAGAUACUUUAGGAGCAGUUUUGGAACAAAAACUGAUGGAACUUGCCUCUCAAGAAGAGAAUGAAUCAAUGAUUGGAGGAGGUUGUGGACCUAAGAGAUCAACUGCUAUGAUUUUACAAGAACUGAUAUCAGCUUUAAUUGAACAGCAGCCGUUUUCGUCAGAUUGUCAUAUGUUUGAUGCAAAAACAGCAUUCCAGACUCAACAAAGAGGGAUUAUUUUUGGAUUUUCACAUGACGCCGACCACCCAAGUCCUGGAUCUGUUCUUGAAGCUUCAUUUUCAAAUGAAAGUUGUUUCUCUAGCAGCGUGGAUGAUAACUUGGGUCGUAGGCUCGUUUUUGAUUCUGUGGAUUACUCAUGUGAUCUCCUGGAUUCUCCAACCUCUAUGAGCGAAGGACGGAUGGGUAGUCACAUGGUGACUGAUCUUCUCAAUUAUAUAUCUAAAAUCCUACAAAGCAUCAAUCUUGCUGAUGGUGGAUUAACAGGGAGCAGGCUCACCCAUGUGAAGGAUGUUAUUUUGAAUGCUGAACUACUGUUCCAAACUGCAGCUCCACAAAAUUCAGAUAGAAUGAAGAGUUCUUUCAUAGGUCCUUUUCUACUCGACGAGCUGGAAACUAUCGCCGUCGCCAUGCGGACAAAUUUAAGUUGCGUUUUGGGCUAUGAGGAGAUCAAAGAAGGUAGUAAAAUGAGAAGGUUUCUGUUUGAUUCAGUGAUAGAGUGUUUGGAAUCAAAGUACAGCCAAUACAGCAACUGUGGAUUCAAAUCAUGGAGAAGAGUAAUUCCUUCAUGCAUGAAUGCGGAACAUCUAGUAGAAGAGGUCGGGAAGGAGAUCAGACAGUGGAGCAGUUUGGCCGGGAUGAUUCCGGACGAGAUAAUAGAAUGGGAGAUGAGUCAUUCCUUGGGGAAAUGGACAGAUUUUGAAAUCGAAGUGUUUGAAACUGGCUGUCGAAUCGAUUGGGAUAUACUGCAAAUGUUGGUGGAUGAAAUUGUAGUAGACUUUUAAAAUUGUAAAUGCAGUUGUGUAGGAUUUUAGAUAGUAUUUUGGCGGAGGGAUGUAACUGGUUUAGAUAUUGGAAACACAACAGCUUCAGAUAAUGUUAUUAUUGGUAAAAUCUGAUAAUAUGGUUCAAAGUUUAGUGAAAUGAACUCUUAAAUUGAUUGAAA